AUGGGAACUCUGCGCCCGGAACGAGCGGCCGCCGCGAGCCUCUGCAUCUUCCUGCUGACCGCCGCGGCGGUGUGGACGGCGCUGCCCGGAGCCGUGCAGGGGGACAGCGGGUCUUUUAGCCGGCGCGGCGGUAGCGGGGAGGAUCGGACGUCUGACGCGGGCGGCGGCGGUGGCGGGGAGCCCCGCGCCAGGAGAGCCGUGUCCUGGGAUAAACGGAUGUCCCUGCUCAGCAGCUCGUUUGUGCUGAAAGGAGAUGCGACGCACAACCAGGCGAUGGUCCACUGGACGGGAGAGAACAGCAGCGUCAUCCUGAUCCUGACCAAGUAUUACCAUGCCGACUCAACCAAGGUGUUGGAGAGUUCGUUGUGGAGGUCCACUGAUUAUGGGACGACCUACACCAAACUCAACCUGAUCCCAGGGACAACCAUCGUGGUGACCAGUUUCUACAUCUGUCCAACCAACAAGAAGAAGGUGGUCAUGGUGGGCUCGUCCAUCAACGAACGAGAUCAGAUGCUCUUCAUCAGCACAGACGAGGGCUCCUCCUUCCAACGGCAGGCGGUCGCCUUCACACCAGAGACCGUCAUCUUCCACCCAAAGGAGGAAGACAAGCUGCUGGCGUACUGCAAGGACGGACGGCUCUUCGCUUCAACCGAUCUGGGCCGCAAGUGGACUUUACUUCAAGAGAGGGUGACCAAGGACAGAAUAUUCUGGUCUGUGUCUGGUGUGGAUUUGGACCCUGAUCUGGUGCACAUGGAAAUGCAAGAUUCAAGUGGAGGCCACCUCUACGUUACCUGCCUCAUCCAGAACUGUUCGGACAAAAUGCUGACCGCCCAGUUUCUGGGUAGAAUUGAUCACAAUUCGCUGCUGGUGCAAGACGACUACAUAUUUGUAAAGGUCACAACAGGUAACCGCACCAAGCACUAUGUGUCCUAUCGGCGCAAUGAGUUCGUCCAGAUGAGGUUUCCCAAGUAUGCCCUGCCGAAGGAUGUUCAGAUAGUGAGCACAGACGAGAGCCAGGUGUUCCUGGCCCUCCAGGAGUGGUACCAGUCGGACACGUACAACCUGUACCAGUCGGACUCGCAGGGCGUCUACUACUCCAUGAUCCUGGAGAACGUCCGCAGCACCAAGCAGCCGGAGGAGAGCGUCCUCAUCGACAUCCUGGAGGUGCGUGGGGUGAAAGGCGUCUUCCUUGCCAAUCAGAAGGUCGACGGAAAAGUGACGACUCUCAUCACCUUCAACAAGGGGCGGACCUGGGAACCCCUGGCCCCGCCCGCCACGGACAUGAACGGCAAGCCAGUCAGCUGCAAAGUACCGGAUUGCCACCUCCACCUCCACCUGCGCUGGGCCGACAAUCCCUACGUCUCUGGCACCGUCCACACUAAAGACUCGGCUCCGGGCCUCAUCAUGGGCGCUGGUAACCUUGGCUCCAAACUCGUAGAGUAUAAGGAGGAGAUGUACAUCACUUCAGACUGUGGGAAGACAUGGAGACAGGUGUUUGAAGAGGAGCAUCACAUCCUGUAUCUGGACCAUGGUGGAGUCAUUGUUGCCAUCAAGGACACUUCUAUUCCCCUCAAGAUACUGAAGUUCAGCAUUGAUGAAGGCAGAACCUGGAACAUUCACAACUUCACCAGCACGUCUGUGUUCGUCGACGGACUCCUGAGCGAACCAGGAGACGAAACUCUGGUUAUGACUGUGUUUGGCCACAUCAGCUACAGGUCGGACUGGGAGCUGGUCAAAGUGGACUUCAGGCAGUCUUUCCCCCGUCAGUGCACUGAGUUGGAUUAUGAGUCCUGGCAGCUCACAGACCUGCAGGGGGAAAAGUGCAUUAUGGGACGAGAGCGGACCUUCAGGAAGCGGAAGGACAGCGCGUUCUGCAUGAAAGGAAAGAGCUACACCUCGGCUCUCACCGCCACGCCCUGCCAGUGCACCGACAGCGACUUCAUCUGUGAUUACGGCUUUGAGCGCUCCUACACGGAGGGCGAUCGAUGCUUCCCGGACUUCUGGUUUGAUCCCGAAUCUCCCCCAGAGAGCUGCCACCUCGGACAAAACUACCAGUCUAGCACUGGCUACAGGAAGGUGAUAUCGAACUCUUGCGAGGGAGGCCUCGACAAACAGCAGAGCGCCAAACAGCACAGCUGUCCUCUGCUGCCCCCUAAAGGUCUGAAGGUCAGCAUUAAAGGCCAGAUGCUGGCCGUGGCCCCUGGCGAUGACAUCACGUUCAUCGUCCACCAGGAGCAGGGCGACACGAGCAGCACCAGGUAUCAGGUGGACCUCGGCGACGGCGUUCGAACAAUUUACCAGAACCUGACGGUGACCGACGAGCCCAUCCAGCACCGCUACGAAAAGCCCGGCGUUUACAAGGUGACGGUGAAGGCGGAGAACAUUGCGGGACAUGACGAGGCCACCAUGUACAUCCAGGUCACAGAGCCUCUGCAGGAAGUUCACCUGGAAGCGGUUCCCAUUGCCAGGAGAAACCAUGUAGUCAACCUGACGGCCAUAGUUCUUCCCACUACAGCCAACCUGACCGUCUUCUACUGGUGGCUCGGCGACGGCCCUAAGCCCAAACUGACCCUCCAGAACAGCCUUUUGACCCGUUUCCCCGAGAGCGGAGAGGUUUCCGUCACCGUCCAGGCGUCCAACGGCCGAUCCAUGGUGCAGGACACAAAGAUCGUCAGAGUCUAUGACAACUUCCAAGUCAUCCCGCUGAGCUUCAGCAGGAACCUGGACCGUUUCAACCCCAACAUCCCGGAGUGGAGGGACGACGUCGGCCAGGUGGUCACCAAGCUCCUAGCCAAGACCACAGGCGUACCUCAGGACUCUCUGGUUACCGUGGUGAACCCAGGCCUCCCCACGACGGCCGACCUGUACGUGUUGCCGCUGGACUCCAAACCAGCCAAGGGCAGCGUAUUAGUAGAUAAGCGUAUCCCAGCGGUGGUUCAAGCGGUCAGCGACAAGAACAUCAGCUUCAUGGUCCGAGGCGGUCUGCGGGUGUUGGUGAUGUUGGCCGACCCGAACGCAGGCUACCACGGAGCAGCCGGAGGUCCAGGUGUCUGGGCGCUGGCUGUCAUAUUCCUAAUAAGCGUCGUUGGCACUGGCUCGUUCAUUCUGUACAAGUUUAAAAGAAAGCUCCCCGGCAACCGCAACAUCUACGCCCAGAUGCACAACGAGAAGGAGCAGGAGAUGACCAGCCCCGUCAACCACAGCGAGGACACGCAGCACAUCAUCCAGGGCGAGGAGUUCAUCGACGACGACCUGGACUCGCAGACUCUAGGCAACCACUCGGGUGUGAUCCUGAGCAUCAACUCCAGAGAAUUACACGGUUACCUGAGCAGCUGAUGGCUGACAGGGCAACGCUGACGGGCUAGCCCAGCCUAGCCGAGCCAGCUAACAAGCACAGGGACUCUGACUUCCUCUUCCUCCCCUCCCCCGCCUCUCUCUCUAUCUCUCUCUCUUUUUUUGUUUUUCCAUCCACGUUGGAGACAUCAGAUCUACCCGACAGCCUCUUCCAACCCAACGUUUCGGCGAUCUGUUUGAAUUUUUUUGUAUUCCACGUCCCUUUCUUCUCCUUUUCAGUUCAUCUCAGCUCUGAAGAAGUGUUUAAGGUUCACCUGUUAAUUUAUGUAUCAGUGCUUCAAAAAUGUGCUGAAGUAGCACAACCUCCCUUACUGGUUUUAACUGAUAAGAUGGUUGAUCGGUGCAGGCCAGCAGCGACUGAAAUCAGGCCUCGCAAAAGUCUUACCUUUACCUAAACCUUUAUUAUUAAUAUUUGUCAUGUUGCAGCUAUGAACUUCAGUGUAUUUUAUUGGGCGUUUAUGACACAAAGUAGCGUAUAUCCUCCUGACUACCAUGAAAAAGAGUUUUUUUCUUGUUUUUUUUUUACUUUCCAAAUUGUGUGGAUAUUUGAACUACGGGUAGUCACGAGGAUGUUUGUGAAGUAGAAAGAAAUGAUACACGACUUUUAAUUUUUUAAAGAUCAAACAAAUCGAUUAUUUGCAAAACCACAUUUUUCUACAAGGUUACAUGGAGAACAUCUGUGAGAAGAAAAGCUUCUCCAUUUGACUUAAAUCGUUACUUGGACUGGGCCACUCUUAACGUGUGAGUGUGCGUUCCUGUAAACCGUCCCGUUGUAGCUUCAGUGGUAAGAAGAACGUCUUCCCUAAUGUCACAGGCUGUUUUCAAAGCCUACGAUUUUUUUUGUCGCCGUUUUUAUCUGCUCCAGUCUUUCCCUUUGCGGCGUCCCCCACAGCAUGACGCUGCCACCGCCAUGUUUCCUGCUGGCGCGAUCAGAGAGAUGAAUUGUUUUCCUUCUACUUCACAUUACGCAACAAUUUAAGUUGGUGUGUUAAUAAUACAUUGAAGUUUGUGGUUGUAAUGUGCCCAAAUAUAGAGCUUUGAAGGGGUAGAAAUACUUUUCCGAGGCACUGUAUGGUUAUGUUUGAGCCAUGCUGGGGUAGUGAUGUUAAAUGAAAGAUGAGCCCGCUUUUAGUCCUUUACUUACUUUUCUUCUCCCCCAAAGUUAGCACUCCUCUCUUUUUACAAGGCAAUAAUAAUCUCAAUGGAAUGUACAGUAUAAUAAAAACCCUUGUGAACUUGCAUCUGAAGGGAAUAAGCAUGCAAACACAAGAGGGCGGUGUUGCACUUUUUUGGAAUUUCCACUCACAGGUACUUCUCACCUCCUUGGGACUACACCAUUAUGUCCACAUAGCUUUGAUCUUUCUUCCCCCCCCCCCUUUUCUACGUCACCAUUGUUCCGGAUCCUUGUUUAAAAUCGUAUGAAUAUCGAUGUGCGGUGUUUCAAUUGAGUAUCGGCUCUCGUCUGUCCCAUGGUGCCUAAGACGGCAGACUUCGAUCUGCUCUGUGACAUUUCUCUGCCAUCGUGUUAUUUGUGUUUUAACUCUCCCGCGGUCUCGGGAGGAGCGCGGUCAAACAGCGGGGCGGGAGGGGCGACGAGAGGUUCCCGAAACCAUAAACACACACACAAAACGUAAAAAGGUCGCGCGUGGAGUCGCCGCACAGGGUAAAAAGCUCGCGGCUUCUCAAUCGGCCCCAUUUCUGACCGCGGGAGCGUUAAAAAUGAAAAGAAGAAGAAGAAGAAAAAAGAAUGGCCCUUUCUGUUCCUCCUCCUUACACGUUGUGGGUCGGAGCGGACUCUGUCCCCUGGAGACGAAGGUUGCGACAUGAGGAGAAAGGGGGGGGGUAAGUCGACGUAUUCUGUAUCAGCCUAUAUUAGGCGUAGCCCACGGUGAAAUCUUGUCUCUUUAAAGGUUUGGUUUUGUUGUAUGUAAAUGUGUAAAUAUGAACAGCGAUUUCCACUUUGUAUAUAUUCCCAUCAACGUGUGUGUUUGUGUUUUACACGACUACCAAAAUAAAUCUUUUUUUUCCCCCCCUUUCUCCUUCUGCGUUGAUUCGCCAAUGGCUUUCCUAAUGACGAUAUUAAAAACAAAUGUUUUCGGUUUCGAUGUCAUCGCUUGCUUUCCCUGUAUCCAUUUUCAAUAUGACUGUUUUCGGAUCAGGAAUAUUUCACACUUAUCGCUAACUGGAAGUAAGACUGUCAUCUCCAAAAGGCGCUGACAGCUACUGUAUACAGUCAUUAUUAUGUAUAUGGAUAUUUUUGAUACACAAGCUCAUUUUCUUUUUCUGUUGACCUCUUGCUGAUGACUUUUUGUGCGAUUGCUGGCACUAACUGGUUUUACGAAGUAUGACACAGUCCAACGAAAACCUUACAUUUGAAGGCCUUUGCAGACCACCAAUAACCAGCAGCAGCUGCGUUUCCACUGACCAUAACAUUUUGAAUUAGAAAAAUAAAUUCGCUUAAUGGAAACGCGAAAAAUUUAGAGAAAGAAAAGAAAAAAAAUCAUGUUUUUUGCUAGAAAACACUGGAACUAUGAUGAGGUGGUCUUCUGACCAAACUAUGAAAAAUAUUAUUUCACAACACUGCAAUGGAAAAACAUUUUUUUACCCAUCACAUGAUUUAUGUUAUCAAUAACCGGAUGUUACAACUGAUGGAAAAGACGAAGAAGUGGUAGAAAGUUGAUGGCACAGAAUGUUUUUUUUAAUAAACAAACUUAAUUUACUUGAUUUAAACUGCUUUCUUAUUUAACGGAAACACCAAAAUUGUGAAGUUGUCAGUGUUUUUUUUUUUUUUAGACAUUAGCUAACAUUAGGUUUUGCGCACAUCUGUUACGGAAACGCAGCUACUGUUGUCACGACCACUCUUGGGGUUUAUCACGUAUUGAAUACGGCACAUUACAUUCGCUUGUUUACACCUUAGAUCAUCUUUUGUACAUAUAUUCUGCUCAUGUUCCAGUUAGUUUUCGUAGUGAGGUGUCGUCAUUGUAUCAAUGUUCCUUUAAGCAAGAAGGGGGGAACGUGAGGGGUUGUGAUAUUCCACUGUAUUAGUCCAGUGAGUUUCACGGAUGAUGACACUGACGUUGUGAUUUGUACCACGCUGCUUUUUUCUUUGGUUGCGUUUUCUAUUCGCUGGUUUGUUUGAUCUCUUCGUUUGUGUGCUGUCUCUUCAGGAAGCCUAAUGCACUGAACCUGCAUCCUGAAAUAAAUCACUCCCAUAACUUGUA